ACGGGGAAGGAAGCAGCUCGGUGGCGCGGUGGUAGAGCGCUCACCCUCAGUUCCUAAUGGCCGAGGGAUCCAGGGCAAGUCCCUCCCUCUCCCGCAGCCUCAGUUUCCUCCAGGGCCCCUUCAGGGCUUGUCGAUUAUGGACGAACUCAUCUGUGAAAUGGGGGGUUAUAAUAACAGCAAUAACAGUAACAGCGCCUGCCUUCCCAUCGGGAUGAUCUACGCAAACCGCUUUGCAAACUUUAAAGCGCCGCGGAAACGCGCGCUGUCACCGUUUUUCCAAAGGGGUGAUGUGACGUCCACGGACUGUUGGGGUUGGAGUUACUUUGGAGCUCCAUCUCCCGAUAGUUUUGUUGUUGUGGUUGUUUUGGUGGGGCAUUUGGGGUUAAGUGACUUGCCCAGGGUCACACAGCUAGUAAGUUUUAAGUGUCUGAGGUCAAAUUUGAACUUAGGUCCUCCUGAAUCCAGGGCCGGUGCUCUAUUCACUGCGCCACCUAGCUGCCCCUCUCGAUAGUUUUAAGACUCAUCAGCUCCUAGCUGCUUGACUCCCCCAAAUCUCAGGCUCUUCCGUUUAGAGCUGCAAGCAAGCCUCGAGGCCAUCUAGUCCAAUUCCCCCAACCCCUGUCCCCCUGCACCCCCGCUUUACAGAUAGGAAAACCGAGGCCCAGAGGAAGUUAAGGAACUUGACCAGGGCCCCACAGGUAGAGAAACUUGAGGUUGAAAUGAAUAGUCUCCGAUUCCACGUGUUAUACACUUUCCACCCUGCGUUAUUGUGCCCCAGUAGCAGUGACAGCCAGCUUUUAUUCGCUUAUGUUGUACUAGCACAAGAAAAGGAAGGAAAAUGCUCCAGACAGUGCUUGGGUGGUUGAGCACUCUGCUCCUUUUAAGUUUUAUGGACUCAGAGCUGGAAAGAGCCAUUAGAGAUUAUCUUCUCCGGCCCUCUUGUUUUAUGAAGAGUAUUCCUGAUAAUGAUUUGUCAGGUCCUCAAAAGAAGACCAUGGAAAAUUCUGGAAAGAAGUUCUGGUAUGAAAGCCCUUCCCUGGGACCUCACAUUAUGCACAAUCCAUCCAGCUGGAAUAGCCUAAUGAAACAUACUUCAAAGAAGACUAAGAAAGAAGACAGCAUACGAAAGAGGGCCCUGGAUGGCAUUCUUUAUCAAGCACUGUCAGAUUUGAUAUGUACCUCUGAAGUGAAUCAAGAUGUCUAUGAUCUGAAUGUGGAAUUUUCUAAGGUAUCUCUUGCUCCAGAUUUCUCAGUUUGUCGUGUGUAUUGGAAGACAUCCCUCUGUGCUGAGCAGAAUGAUCACAUAGAAGCAGUUUUACAGAAGAGUGCUUCACGUUUCAGGCAUCUUUUGAUUACCCAUCAGAUCCUGAGAAAUGUUCCUCCAAUAGUAUUUAUUCGUGAUAAAGAAAGUGCAGCAAUAGCAGAGGUAAAUAGGUUACUGGAAAUUGCUGACUUUGGACCCCCUGAUGAAAAAGAUUUGACACAAAGUGAACCAAGUGAACUUAAAGCUCCAGUAGACUCUAUAUCAUCUAAUGUGUCAGGAUCCACCGUUCAGCCAAGUCUCUUUGGAAUUGACCACGAGGCACUGCACAAGCAGAUAAUGGAGUACAAAAGAAGCAAAGGGAAGGGGCAUGAGAGUGUCAGCAUUCAGAGUGCAGAGCAAGAGCAGGAACAGAUAUCUAUGCUGCAGAAGCAAAUGAAGAAGAAAAUGAAGAAGGCAAAGCGUCCCAAGGAUGAUGACAUUACACCCCAGGAAUAUCUUCUUGACAGAUAUUGUGAUAAUCAGCUGGACAAGGAUGAUACAUUUUUUGAAGAACAUAAACCAGAGUAUGAACUGCAUGAAGCUUUAGAGAAAUUAGAGGAUAAUGGUGUUUGUAAGGAACAAAGUUCAUUAACUACAGGUCCUGGAGAAAAUAAACUUAAGAAGUGUUAACUUUUCUCAUAGUUUUUCUUUGAAAAAAUUUGGUUUGGUUUGUUAUUUAACAUUAAACUGGUCCUAAAAAGCUAUUCCUUUGAUAUCAUUAUGCACAUUAUUAUACUCCUAUUUUGGAAACUAAAAGUAUAUUUUGCCUUUUUCAAAAUGGCAAGUAAAUUAAAAUUUCAGGGGAGAAUGAGAAUUAUUUUGUCAAGAAAAUAAAUUGGUUAUUUCUUAAUCAUUGUAAUUGGAAAAUAUGUUCCAGCACCUAGUUAUGUGUAGUGCUAUGCAGAGGGUAUUCCCCAGAACGAACCCUAGCACUGGUAAGAAGGUUUCUUACUGAUACAAGAACUUUAAAGAAGCAGAUGGUAUUAUAGACAGAUGGAGCCAAAGAUGAGUUACAGUGGAAACAAUGAUAAACUGGAACAUAGUUCUUUGUGACCUUGAGCCUCUGGGCCUCAGUUUCCUCAGUUGUAAAAUGAAGGAGUUGGAUUAGAUCUCUAAAGCUCCUUCAAACCUAAGACCUUUGAUCAUAGAGGAUAUUUUAAGCAUACUUCUCAAUUGAACUGUCCAGGGUAAGUUAAUGUAUCUGCUGAAACUGUCAGAGAGAAAAUUCUGUUAACUUUUGUCAGUGGGAAAGAGGGAUAGGCAAAUUCUCUUGCUGCAAAAGAAACUUAUGGGGGCAUUUGGAUUUAUGUCACACUCAAUUUAGGUCACUAGUUGUAAAUUGGGCUUAAUUGAUAAUAAAAUAUGUCUCGUAGUA